AUGUUGUUCUGUGGUUUUGUUUUAUAUGUCUGUUUUAUCAAGGUCGGCAGCGCUACGCCGAUGGAAAAACGGGAAUUCUUCGAGACGGAACCAGUUCCACCUCCUCCAGGAACCUCGUCGGCGCAACCAUUUCGGAUGCUGGAGGCCGCGCAGCGUGCGGCCGCAGCACUGGUACGGGACACGGCCCGGGUGUCGGACAAAGUGCUAUGGAGCUUUGGCAAAAUGCUGCUGUCGGCUGGCGAGUCUGUCAACUACGUGUGGGACGCGGCCCUGAACGCCACUGUCCAGCUGCUCAAGGCCGGCGGCGUGGCGUGCGGCUCGGUGGCCCAACGGUUGGCCCACGUCCCGGUGAUCGGGUUCGGCGCUUCCGGCGUCCACGAGGUGGUCGGCGUAGCGGUGAACGCGGUGGCCAGCAACGUGGCUCACGACUCGCUGGUCCGGGGUCAGGCGCUCGCCGCGCUCAACGCCAAGCUGAACGAGAGCGGCGCCCGUCUGCGGCCGGACAAGGGCGAGACAGGCGCUCCGGCACAAGCGACCACGGCGACUGACCAGCAAGGCCCUGUCUCGUUUUUUCCACUCGGGUAA